CGUAAACGUCGUGAUGAGCGCGAGAAGGACAAGAAGCGUGAUCGGCGGGACGAGGAUAGCGAUAGGAAAAAGAGGCGACACGAGAAAGACAAGGACGAUGACAGCGAGAGGCGUGACAGACGAGGCGACGAGCGCGAUCGACGGGAAAAACGGUCGCGACGUGAUGAUCGUGAAAAGGAUGAUCGAGAGGAUCGUGAUAGAGACAGAGACAAGGAAAAGGAUAGAGAUAGAGAGGACCGCGAUCGUGAAAGUCGACCCCCAGUAGAGGUGAAGCAGGAGGAGCCAGAGGUGGCCAGUGGCGAACCACCACCACCUGGAGUUGAUGUAGAAAUGAACGCGUAG